AUGUUGAAUGACUUGACAUCCAUAUUGAUUAAAUUUCGUUCGAACCCUGUUGCUAUCACUAGCGACAUAGAAAAAGCCUUCCUACAGGUGAAACUAGAACCUGAGGAGAGGAAAUUCACCAAGUUUGUGUGGCUCUCAGAUUCAGGCGAUACAGAGAGUGAGUUCGAUACAUAUCAGUUUAAAUCUGUUCUUUUUGGGGCGACACCCUCCCCCUUUAUUCUUAAUGCUGUUGUAAGAGCUCAUUUGGAUACUUACAACACUUCGGCCAUUGCCAGGGAUUUACAAAACAAUAUUUAUGUUGACGAUGUCAUUUCUGGUGUUAACAACACCAAUGAGGCUAUUGAUUACUAUACACAUGCAAAUGAAAUGAUGACGUCAGGUGGUUUCAAUUUGAGAAGUUGGUCAACCAAUGACAACACACUAAGAGAGAUUGCCACCAGCGACAACAAACAUACUGAAGAUGUAGAAGUGGGAAUACUUGGUAUGAGAUGGAAUACUGAGACUGAUGUACUUUCAUAUAAACACGUAGAUAUGCCACCUUUGAAUCAAUUACUUAUGAAGAGAGAUGUUGUAAGUGCCACAGCCAGCAUUUAUGACCCCAUUGGUUUGCUGUCACCAGUUCACAUUCAGGCAAAAUUGUUUAUUCAAUCUAUUUGGCGAUCCAAUAUUGAAUGGGAUACACCUCUUGAUAUACUUACCUUACUAAGUGGAAAGGUAUUGCUAGUGAACUGCAUCACCUGA